CUCGCCGAGCGCGCGCGCGCACGCCUCGCGACCAUGCUCUCGCGAAGAGCGACCGUGAUCGCGCCCGCGCGCGCGGCGCCCGAGAGCGCGCGACGCGUCGCGCGGACGCGCGCGCGGCGCGGCGCGAACGUCCGAACGCGCGCGGCGAGCGAGGUCACGCAGGACGUCGCCGACGGCGCCGUGUCCUUCGUCCUGCUCGCGGGCGGCGUGGGCAAGCGCAUGGGAGCGGACAUGCCGAAGCAGUACCUGCCGCUCAUGGGCACGCCGAUCGCGCUGUGGUCGCUUCGGAAGUUUGCGAAGAUGGCUGAGGUCGGGGAGAUCGUCGUCGUGUGCGACCCGAGCUACGACGACGUGUUUCAGAGCGAAGCGAUCGAUAAGCCGCUGGUGUUCGCGAGACCGGGGAAAGAGCGACAAGAUAGUGUGUAUAAUGGCAUGCAAGCGGCGCGGGCGGGGGCGGAGUUGUUGGCGAUUCACGAUAGCGCGCGACCGCUGUGCGCGGCGACGGAUGCGAGGCGGUGCUUCAACGACGCGAAAAAGUACGGUGCGGCGGUUUUGGCGGUGCAGAGUAAGGCGACGAUUAAGGAAGUGAAUAAGGAUUUGAGCAUCGAUAAGGGGCUCGAUCGCAGUCGGCUUUGGGAGAUGCAAACGCCGCAAGUGAUGCGACCCGAGUUGUUGCGAGCGGGAUACGAUCUCGUGAAUAGUAAGGGACUUGAGGUGACGGACGAUGUAUCCAUCGUCGAAGCCUUAGGUGAGCGCGUGCAAGUGACGCCGGGGAGUUAUUUCAACUUGAAGGUCACGACGCCGGAGGACAUGUUCAUCGCGGAACGGCUGAUGACGGAGCAGGGCGACGCCGUCGCAUAAAUAAUUCUAAU